CAGAGGUGACAGGGUCACCGCGGAUCCUGCAGAACCUCCUCCGCCAGCGACUCAACCCUGUGGUGCUUUGAGUCAGGCCGCGGCUCGGGCUCACCGCGCCGCCGGUCGUGUGCCGUCGUGGGUGCGGCUCUGAUGCUGCGGCUAGCUCCGGACGCCCGGAGCUCUGGAGGAAUUUAAGAAGAUUGUAUUCAUGUGCAUGUCAUAGAAGAUGAAUUCAUCCUCUUCUACUGUGAAUGAAGAGCCUGAUGCUCUGUCUGUAGUUAACCAGCUACGGGAUUUAGCAGCAGAUCCAUUAAAUAGAAGAGCCAUCGUCCAGGAUCAGGGAUGUCUGCCUGGCCUUAUUUUAUUUAUGGACCAUCCCAACCCCCCUGUUGUUCACUCAGCUUUGCUUGCUCUCCGGUACUUGGCUGAGUGUCGUGCGAACAGAGAGAAGAUGAAGGGAGAGCUGGGGAUGAUGUUAAGCUUACAGAAUGUCAUCCAGAAGACUACAACUCCAGGAGAAACAAAGCUUCUGGCCUCUGAAAUCUAUGACAUCCUUCAGUCCUCCAACAUGGCUGAUGGUGAUAGUUUUAAUGAAAUGAAUUCACGUCGAAGGAAAGCUCAGUUUUUUCUGGGAACUACAAACAAACGUGCCAAAACAGUAGUUUUGCAGAUAGACGGUCUCGAUGAUACGUCUCGAAGAAAUCUGUGUGAAGAGGCUUUGUUAAAAAUUAAAGGUGUUAUAAGCUUUACUUUUCAAAUGGCUGUUCAAAGAUGCGUGGUGCGAAUCCGUUCGGAUUUGAAAGCAGAGGCUUUGGCGUCAGCAAUAGCAUCCACCAAGGUCAUGAAAGCUCAGCAAGUCGUGAAAAGUGAGAGUGGGGAAGAGAUGCUGGUCCCAUUCCAAGAUGCCCCUGUGGAAGUGGAAGAGAACACAGAGCUGCCUGACUACCUGCCUGAGGAUGAGAGUCCCACAAAGGAACAGGACAAGGCAGUGUCCCGCGUUGGCUCCCAUCCUGAGGGUGGAGCCAGCUGGUUGAGCACAGCUGCAAACUUUUUAUCCAGAUCAUUUUACUGGUGACUUCAACUUCAGUUUGGGGCUCAAGGACUGUGCAAACCAACAGGGGGCCAGCUUUCCAUUGUUGUGGUGAACUGUCAAGUGCAAUUUGCAGUAGAUUAUCAUGGAAAGUUUCUAGAUUACAUGACUGCAUAUGCUGCAUUUUACAUUUUAUUGGACAUUUUCCCCACUGAAUGGUAAACAGGACAGAGGCUGUAGGUGGAAUUUGUUUAUGAAGGUAUUUUGGUAUUGUUUUCCUUUGCUUAAUUGCCUCACUAUUUUUUGAAAAACAUGGGUCCACUGUUAAAACCAAAUGUAUGUGCAGCUUUACAUUCUGUUUUACAUGAAGCAUGUGACUAGGAAAAACUCGUUUUCUCCUCAAGCCUCAGGGGCUUUCUGAAGAGAAGUUUUGCAUAGCUCAAGUUGUGCAUGAAUUACCGAGUAUUUUUAGCAGCUUUUCUUCAUGAACGAUACAUGACAUGUGCUUUGGUACCCUUCUCUGAAAGUUGAAAACAUACCUAGUUAGCCCCCUUCUGUGCCUUUUUUAUUUUGCCAACCAUGUUUAUAGAAAGGACAUUAUUAAUGGCAUUUUGCAAAUGGAAUUAUAUUCAUUUGAACAUAGCAGUACCUUAAAAAGAAACUCUACAAAAAACUGUACAAUCUUACUUGCUAUAAUUUUAAUAAGGUUACUGUAAGCCGGUUAAGACAGCGGGGACAUGAACAGCAGCAGAGUGCAUUUGGGAGAAUUUGGAUGUGACCAAGCAUGGCUCUGUUGACUCCUGCUCACUUAGGCUAUAGUGAUUCUUGAGAAUGAAGUCCACUAUGAUCUUGUGAGCAGCCUUACCCUGUGAUGACACUGUGUCCUGCUAGAGAAAAGUAAUAGAUUUUUUUUGUUUUGUUUUGUUUGGCUUUUCAGGACAGGGUUUCUCUGUGUAGCCCUGGCUGUCUUGGAACUCAGAGGUUCACUUGCUUCUGCCUCCUGAGUGCUGGGAUUUAAGAUGUGCACCACCACAACCCAGCAAGAAGAGUAAUAAAUAGUUAAUAGUUUUAAGAACUGACAGACUUGAAAACAAAGCUGGACGCCUCGGGUGUCGCAGUGCCGCGUGGUCAGACUUCAGACAUAAACUGCCUGGCACAUGCCCAUUCCAGAGAUGUUUCUUUUUAUUGCCCUUUUGUGGUUUUUAAGCAAAUACUGCAGUCAAAUUGAAUAAAACAGGACCCAAAUUGUUGUUUAUAGAGAAAGAAAGUCAGCACUGAUCUUAGUCUUAUUUUUCAUGUCUAACCAGGAAAAAAAAAUGACUUCAGUGAAGAUAAGAUACAUGAAUACAGACACACUUUUUUUAAAGACUGAAUUAUAUGUAUGUGAUGCUUUCUUAAGAUUCUAAAAUAUUUGGCAACUAAUACUUUCUUUUUAGAAAUCCAGCUAGAUUUAUUUUCGUGUCAGCAACAUUGAAAACUAACAGGAGGAAACUGAAAUGCAUCUUCAUCACCAUGUAGAGCUGCUGUUGCGCUACUUGGAGAAUGUGACAUGAAAUCGGACCCUGGAGGGUUUCCUGGCAUUCUUAUUGUUUCUCUUCUAGAGAAGAUUGAAAUCACCCAGUGUUACUGGGGAAAAAUAAUUGUAAAAUACUAUGACCCAUGAGAGCUUUUGAGUUCAUUCACAUUGUGGCUUUCUGGAGUGAGGGUGUUGAAGGUAUUUAGAGCAUUUUCCCACAUGUCUGGUCUCUGAUUCAAGUGAUACGCACAAACAGAAAGCUGAGAUUUUCAGGGCACAUUGCUAACACUUAAUACUAUUUGCUGCCAGAAUCAGAUGUGUUGAAAACAAAACAACAAAACCACCUCCUUUCUAUAGCCAUUAAAGCAAAGUUUACUUUCUAUUUUAACACAUUUUUAUUUUAUUUUGCAUUGUCACACAUUUAUUUAAAAACUAUAGCCCUUUGUAGUGAUGGUUCAGGACAGUUGAUAUUUUGAACUGAUAUUUGUGUGUAUCUAGGUGUUCCUUUAUUCCAGGACUCUCAGAGGAGUCAAGGCAACUAUAAUGGCAGUUUUUGGAAUAUAUUGUAAAAUAAUAAAAUAACAAUGAAAAUUGAGUGGA